GAGAGAUGGAAAAGUUUGGACUUUUGAAUUCAUUUCUACCAUUGCAUGGUUGAAUUCUUCUACUUUGUAAAUACUGUUGCUGAAAUUAUAUUCUUAAGAGUGAUUGUUUUUGUUGAUGGGUUUUGAUUGAACUGCUGUGCUGAGAUAUGGGCACUAAUUUUUUGACUUCUGGGAUUUUGAUUAAUUUUUUUUGCUUUUGGGGUUUUAUUUUCUUUGGUGGGGUUGAUGAAAUUUCUCAGUAUUGAUGUGGGUCGGUGAAAAUUUAUAUAUAUUUUCUUUUUGUAGUUUAAUGUUUGUUAGAAAUGAAGGGCUUUGUGGGGGUGUUGAUGAUUAACUCUCUGCAGACCAAAUAUCUCUUUUUUCUCUUUGGGCUUGUGUUAUUGGAAUUUUAUAAAGGGGAAACAAAAUUAAGUGAAAAAAUUGCAACUUGUACCUUUCUUUUUUUUACUUCUAACUUCUAAGCAUGUGAAAUUGGUUUUUAUUGGUGUUGGGUUUUACUGAGCGUUUUUUUUUUUCCAUAUGCUUGGGUUGAUUAUCAAGUAAUGCCUUUAUAAUGCUUAUUUACAUAUGAGAUUUUCCCUUCAUCAUUUCAUUGGUUUUUGCAUUAAUUCAUUUUGAGAUUGAUUUUCUUGUUUGAGGAGGUUUGGCUACAUUAUUAGUACCUAAAGGCCUUGGUAUUUUAUUUAAAAUCACAACCAGUGUCGAAUUGUGAAAUUUUGCCUGAAGUUUUGAGAUGGGUUUUCUUGUUUGAGGAGGAAUGGCUACAUCUAGAGAAGCAAUGAUCAUCGUACAGUAACUCUUAUUAUCCCUCUCUGUGUGAUGCAUCCUGCUGCGGUUGAGGAAAAUGUAACUUUGUUUCUAUUCAAUCUCUCUUACUGUUUGGAACCACCAAGUGGCUCUGGAAGACUUGGCUCAAGUUAUCAAAUUUGCUGGUGCUUUUGAAGGAAGAGAGGGGAGCUGACGUGUGAUAGUUUAUCUUUGGGACACAUGGAUCAGAGGCUUUCAACAGAUGUAGUGGACCAUAAGAACGGCGCCUAUGCUGAGAUUAAAGAUGUGGAGAAUCCUGAAUUGGGAAUCUUUGAUAAGCCCCUUCCGUGCUUCGGCUGUGGAAUUGGAUGGUUUUCUCUUCUGCUAGGAUUGGUGUGCCCAUUGUUGUGGUACUAUGCGACGUUUCUUUACUUUCGGAAAUACUACCAGAGAGAUCCAAGGGAGCGAGACGGACUUGCUGCCAAUGCAGUAGCUGUAAGUGUCACACUUACUAUGUUCUGUUCCAUUGAUUAUUUGUUUCAAGCAAUGUGUGACAACCUUGAUAAUCUCUUAUGGAUGUUAGUCUCUCUUUUCAGAAUAUUAAAAUAAUUUAAUGUGAUGUCAAUGAAUGUUAAAAUGGGAUGCAUAGCAAGACUACUAAUUUAUAUCAUCAAAAAUAAUAUUGCAUUUUAUCCUUAUGCUUUUCCUCAAACUCCUUUCAAUACACACACACAAUGUACUUCUAUAUAUUUUUCAAUUUGAUUCUAUAUAAAAUUGUGAAUAACCAUGUUGUUACUGGUAUCCAAGAUCUUGACACAAUUGUCAUGAAUAAUGAUGAAUCAUGUGUGCCAUUUAUCUUUUCCAUUAAUCCCAGAUGUUAUGAUUGUUGCAGGCUUUGAUAUGUACAAUUGCCGUGAUAAUUGC